UUAACUGCAGCUGGAAAAAACAUGACUGUCAAAGGAACUUUCUUUUUGCUUUGGAGAUUUUUUUGGCUUUUGCUAUACGUUAAUCCCUCUAUCACAUAUUCGCUGAAAAAAUGCACCAUAAUAUAUCAGGAGAAUUCAUCCGCUGAUGUUUUGGUGGAUUGUGCAAACAGGAAACUUAUAACUUUUCCUGAUGAUAUCCCUAAAUAUGCUACUUCAUUAGAUCUCUUAUACAAUGACGUUAAAAGAAUUAACAGGGAAGAUUUAAGUGAGAUGUCUAAUCUGAAAAACCUGAAUCUAAGAAGUAAUGAAAUUUCUCAUGUGGAUGAUAGAUCUUUUAAUGACUUGACCUCAUUGAAAAUUCUCUCCAUUCGUAGUAAUAGACUAACCAACCUGACAAACAAUAUGUUUCAGGGCCUGUUCAACCUCACUGUACUUGACCUUCAUGAAAACCAAAUUAAUCUUAUUGAAAACUCUGCUUUAAAGUUUCUAAUCAGCUUAGAGUUCUUAGAUUUGAGUGACAAUCAGCUUUGCAAAAUCACCGACAUUAUACCUAUCCUACAGCUACCGCAAAUAAGGAGGCUUAGCCUAGAUUGUAAUCAUUUUUCUACUUUUGAGACCCAGGACCUACCGAUGAAUCUGUCUUCAAGCCUAAAUGAGUUGAAGGUUUCUAGUUCUAGCCUAGAUUUUUUCAGCAUAACAACAUCAAUCUUUCCCUUCCUCCAGAAGUUCGAUGUUUCCAGAUGUGGGUGCCCAGUACCAGCAAAGUGUGAUGUACCUGACAAAGCUUUAGUUAAAAAUAUCACACAGCUUAUCUUAAAAGCAGUGUCCUAUGAAUGCAUUGAACAACUCCUCACAAAUCUUUUAUCUUUGCAUCAUUUGCAGUUAAGUAAAAUGGAGGAAUAUAUUAGAAAAGGACUGCUGUCAAAAGUCUGCAAAAUAACAAAAGUUAAGAGACUGGAUUUGUUUGACAAUGAUCUUGACAAUUUCUCCACUGAGCUUUCAACAUGCUAUCAGCUCACAACACUGGAUCUGUCAAAGAACAGGAUAGCUGAAUUACCAAAAGGGUCGAUACAACAAAUGGAGCUACUGCAGUCCUUAAACGUGAGUCACAACCUUCUUUCCAAAGUUCCCCACGAUGUCCGAAGCCUUGCCUGCCUUAAAAUCUUAGACUUGAAUUCCAAUCGCAUCUUGGAGUUAACCUGCGAAGAUUUUAUGAACGCAACAAAUCUUACAGAGCUUUACCUAAACGAAAACCGUAUUGUCAAACUUGAUAAGUGUGUUGUUCAAAAUCUCACAGAUUUAAAGCGUUUAGAUUUGAGUAAUAAUCUGCUCCGGAAAUUUGGAGACACAUUUAAAGUUGCUUUAAAAAAACUGGAGUUCUUGGAUUUGACAGAUAGCCAUAUAUUGUCUUUAAAGACAAAGGACUUUCAGAGUUUGGAGUCACUUAAGCAGUUAAAUGUUGCUACAUACUUUUUUACUAAGACGAAACCUAAAAAAGCUCUUUUACAAAAAGAACCUGUCAUUCGUGGAUUACAGCAGCUAGAAAACUUUACAAUAGAAUUCACCUAUGAAGACGCUUUGACAGUUCCCAAUUUAAGCAGUUAUAAGGCUGAAAAUAUUCCUUUCAAGUCAAUGAAAAGACUGACAGCUGCUUGUUUCGGGGAUCAUACCGGCCUUCCCUUCAACAUACCAACAGAAAUGCUUAAUGGAAUGGAAAAUUUGGAGACUUUUACAGCUGUGAAUAUCUAUGCUUUCCCUCCAUAUGUUGAUAUGUUUAUGUUUAAUACAAAACUCAAGAGUCUAUCAUUUGCCGAAACGGAUCUGUCAAAAAUGAAUCCUGAGUUAUUUCAUCCAAUCCAGAACUUACAGGCUUUGGAUCUUUCCAAUUCUAAGUUGAUAUCUUUGGAUUUCCUUGUAAAGGCCAAUCUUUCUGCUCUCAGAUUCCUAAAACUGAGCAACAAUGAGCUUACUGUGAUUAAUGAGACUGUCUUCCAGUCUCUCCCCUCUCUAACGUACUUGGACCUGAGCAAAAACCCGUUUACUUGUGAUUGUUCAAAUGCAGGUUUUAUCAGAUGGGCAAAAAGCAACAAGCAAACACAAGUGGCAAACACGCAUCAGUACAUAUGUUCCUUCCCUGUCAACGAGCAAGGACAUUUUUUACUAGAUUUUGACAUUCACUACUGUUUGAACAAUGGCAGCUUUUUUUACUUCAUUUCCAGCACUUUUCUGGUUGUUCUUACUCUCCUUAUAUCCUUCAUCCACCACUUCCUGAAGUCGCACCUAGUCUAUGCAUUCUACCUAUUCAAGGCCUAUCUGUAUGACAGUAGGAAGAGGAUGAAGGAAGGCCCUCAUAAAUUUGAUGCCUUUAUUUCCUACAAUGCCCAUGAUGAGGACUGGGUUUACAGCAAGAUGGUUCCAGUGCUAGAGGGAGAGCAGGGCUGGAGACUUUGUCUGCAUCACAGAGACUUCCAACCAGGCAAACCCAUCUUAGAUAACAUCACAGAAGCCAUAUAUGGCAGCAGGAAGACCAUCUGCGUGAUCAGUCGACAGUACCUUCAGAGUGAAUGGUGCUCCAGUGAGAUUCAAAUGGCCAGCUUCCGUCUCUUUGAUGAGCAGAAGGAUGUGCUUAUCCUGCUGUUUUUGGAGGAGAUCCCUAGCCAUCAUCUGUCUCCGUAUUACCGAAUGAGGAAGCUGGUGAAAAGAUGCACCUAUCUGAGCUGGCCUCAGGCUGUGCAACACCCAGGAGUCUUCUGGCAAAAUGUCCAGAGAGCUCUGCAAACAGGGGAUGUUCUCACUGAGAACAAUGACCUGCUGCCCGGACCAGGAGGCUGCUGAGAGAAAUAAAGGACCAACAGUGUAUCAUGAGAAACAAAAAUAACUGAAGUAAAUGAGGAAAUAAUCCCACUGUCAAUUUGAAGAAACCUACAGUAUUUAAAGCAGAUAAUAUUAGUUAAGAAAACCAUGCCAAUGAUUGCACAUGUUUAUUAUUAGCCUUUUAGAUUAUAUUAGCUUUAAACAAGUAUUUGUUUCAUAAGCAAAACAGAAAGCUAAGUUGUAGAGUUUGAAAAAAAAAUAUAAAGAUUGAAUAUCAAAUUUGUAGAGGAGCAAUAAUGCCACCAGUUGGGAUUCAUUAAUAUAGAAACCUUUCUGAUUCAGGGCUUGCUUUGCUAUUAGAACCCUUAAUCCAAACAGUUAGGUAGCCUCAACAUCUUGAGGAUAAAUAUUAUAUCUCAUUGAGUGUUUUUAUAUAUUUUUUAUAAAAAUAAAAAAGACAUAUAAUAUUUAUAACAUACUUUUUAACUAUUUAAAAAAAAAACACACAAAAAAAAACGGAUGUUGGAUUUUCUUUCUGUUCCUCUCCAAAGUACCAGUGAAGGAUCAACAGCUCCUCCCAGUGUUUAUUUCUUACCAACACAGGGCAUGUGCAGAAUUGGCUCACAAAUUAUGCUGGUGAGAUAUUCUUAAUAUAGAGAUGUCAAAAAAACCGAACCCUGUUUCUUGCAAUGUUCAUAUCAAUGAAAUAGAACUUUGUUUUCCUUUACUGACACAGUUUAAGAUGUGUAUUUCAGAAAUGAUCAUGUAUGAUAGUCUGUACUGUUACUUUACAUUAAAAAGUUCCUUUAUUAUUGGAAACCAAUGUGACAGUAAAAGAAAUAGCUGUGUAAAGAAGUGAGACCUGAACAGCCAUCACUGCUCAAUUUGAAAAUUUUAGAAUUUACUAUUCAACAUGAAGUCCUGCUCUUAUGCACGUUGAUUUAAAUUCUUCUCUUUGUUUUAUACAUUUUCCAACUAACCAUUCAAGUUGCAUCUGGGAAACUUUAAUACUACUGAAUUUAAUUUUGUAAAACAAAAUUAUAAAAGUAUCGCUUUAUCCUGUAGAAACAGUGCCACUUAGGAGUCAUGUCUGUUAUUUUAUCUGAAGCUACAGUAUGUUGGAGCUCUAGAAACUGGCCUGCUCUUGAUAAACCUUUAGUUUAAAUCAGUGGUAAACUUUUAUUGAAUUUUACCUUUAGUUGUCAGGUUGUAGCCUAGUUUAUGAUGCUUAAUCAAUAUUUUGUAUAGCUUUUUAAAUUAAUCAUUGUUAGAUUUGAGUUAAAUUGAAUUAUUGGUUUCAGUGAUCGCUGUGUUUUGCAAUUGUUCUUUAUUCUUUAAGUGUGUCGAAUAAUUGUAAUGUUGAGUCAUAAUAAAUAUUAUCAA